UAAAAAUAAUUUGAAAACACCCUGGAGAACCAUGGAUCGACUAUUAACAAAUGGAUCACGAAUACUUCGGUCAGUGAACAAUUUCCUGAUGACUGGUCCAAAGGCUUACUUGAUCUACUCUAGCAGUGUGGCAGCUGGUGCCCAGAGUGGUAUUGAAGAAUGCAAAUACCAGUUUGCAUGGGACCGCUGGAACUGCCCCGAGAGAGCCCUGCAGCUGUCCAGCCAUGGUGGGCUUCGAAGUGCUAAUCGGGAGACAGCAUUCGUCCACGCCAUCAGUUCGGCCGGCGUCAUGUACACCCUGACUCGAAACUGCAGCCUGGGGGACUUUGACAACUGCGGCUGUGACGACUCCCGCAACGGACAACUGGGGGGCCAAGGCUGGCUGUGGGGAGGCUGCAGUGACAAUGUAGGCUUCGGAGAGGCCAUUUCCAAGCAAUUCGUCGACGCCCUGGAGACGGGACAGGAUGCCCGGGCCGCCAUGAACCUGCACAACAACGAAGCGGGCCGCAAGGCCGUGAAGGGUACCAUGAAGCGCACGUGCAAGUGCCACGGCGUGUCCGGCAGCUGCACCACGCAGACCUGCUGGCUGCAGCUGCCCGAGUUCCGCGAGGUGGGCGCGCACCUGAAGGAGAAGUACCACGCCGCCCUCAAGGUGGACCUGCUGCAGGGCGUGGGCAACAGCGCGGCGGGCCGCGGCGCCAUAGCCGACACCUUCCGCGCCAUCUCCACGCGGGAGCUGGUGCACCUGGAGGACUCCCCGGACUACUGCCUGGAGAACAAGACGCUCGGGCUGCUGGGCACCGCGGGCCGCGAGUGCCUGCGGCGCGGCCGGGCCCUGGGCCGCUGGGAGCGCCGCAGCUGCCGCCGCCUCUGCGGGGACUGCGGGCUGGCGGUGGAGGAGCGCCGCGCCGAGACCGUGUCCAGCUGCAACUGCAAGUUCCACUGGUGCUGCGCCGUGCGCUGCGAGCAAUGCCGCCGGCGCGUCACCAAGUACUUUUGUAGCCGCGCGGAGCGGCCGCGCGGGGGCGCUGCGCGCCCGGCCGGGAGAAAGCCCUAG